UUUGAGUCAAGUGUUGAUGAUAUUAUUAGAAGAAUCUCCCUGUACUUGUAGCAUAACAACAUAAGCAAAGGAAGAAUGAGCUGAAAGAUUUACCUUGGAUUAGUUUGACUCUGUUGUGAACAUCAUUUUGCUAAUACUAAGCGCUAAGACACUAAAGGCUAAACUAACUAAUUGGCUACAAAUUGUCUUCUCUGUUUCAUUCAUUACAUUAUAUAAUAAAAGGGUCUCUAGAACCUUCCCUUCCUAUCACAAACUAUUGGCACCUCACCUGUGCUCUAAAGUAUUCCUAUAAUUAUUUAUUUUUAUCCAUAGUAGAUUCUUCGUUGAUCUUUACUUAAUUAACUCAAAAUUAGCAAUGAUCAAAUUGGUUUCUUGUUGAGAUUGAGGUGUAGAAGUUAACCAUUUUUUGUCUAUAUAACAAUAAUUUGAUUUGAUAUUAAUUUAGAAGAAUUUUGCAUUGAGAAUGCAUAAAAUUUAAAUAGAGUCAAUUCUUUUAUUUUUUAUUUAAAUAGAUAAUUUGUAAUUAAAGUAUGUUGUAUAGGGAGGAAACAGAGUAUCAAAAAAAGAAAAUAUUAUGUAAUCUAAAUGAGUCAACUAUACUAUCCCGAUUAGUUACAAUUAUGUAAUCUCUUCUCUUUGAGCUUCAGUCCCGUUUAUCCAAAAAGAAAAAAAAAAAGAAGAUAAAUUGUAAUUUAAAAAAUUGGAUUAUAAUAUUAAUUUUAGAGUAAAUUUUUUGCCCGUGGUUUAGUUGAUGGGAAUGUGAAGAAACAUGAUUACACCAUGUCUAAAAGGCAUAGGAGUUAACCUUCAAUUGGCUAUAAGUAUUAUCUUACUUAAUAGUUGGUUAGUUAAUUUUGUGAAGGAUUGUGGAUUUCUCUGUUGUUUUUUUUGUUUUUUUUGUAUAUAGGUACUCUGUUUGGAUUUUGAUCCCAAUGAGAAAUUAUGGACAAGAUCUCUUCUUUCUAAGUUAACACCUUGGUUUUAGGCUUCAAGAUUAAGAAAUCAAGAAAGAAGAAGAAGAAGGAGAAGAAGAAGAGAAGAAGAAGAAUGAGUGAAGAGCAAUCAGAUUCUGCAAUAAUGGAUCCGUGGGAUAUGAUAGACCUGGAUGCCGAUAAACCACUGCAGUUUCACUUUGAGUCUCCGUCUCUGCCUGAGCCGGUCUGGAAUGGGGACGAAAACAAGAUUUUUGCAGCCAAUGUAGGUGGUUAUCAACCACCUCAGCCCUAUCCCCAGCCGUGUGCCAUGGACGUGAGUGGUAAAUCUGGUAAUCAACCUCCUCAGCCGGUUAUUCAUGAGUGUUUGCCGGAAGGCGGAAGCUAUGGAGAACCGCCGACGGGAGAGGAAGCUAUGAAGAUGACAGAGCUGUAUUAUGGAAGCCCAUUAUCUGGUUAUCAACCACUUCAGUUUGAGCCUCAGCCGUUUGCCAUUGACGAAAAUGUUGUGUUUAAGAAAAGGAAUCCAAGCAAGAAGCUAAUUAAGAAGACGACGAAAAUACUUAAAGCAAGAAUGAGUCAAGAGAAUUCACAUAUGUUGAAGAUGAUAGAGGCGGAGGUGUUUGCCGAUGGCCACAAUGUGGGUGGUAAUCCACCGCCUCAACUUCAGCCUCAGCCUGAUUGGGAUAUGGAGAAGAUGUGACGUCGGUGGUCAUCAACCACUUCAACCUCAACUUCAGCCCAAGCUGCAGUCGGAUAAUCAACCAUCUUAUUCUUGGGACGACAACAAACAGUUCGAUAAGUGUUUGCCGGAAGCUAUGG